GCUGAGACCUGCGGCGCAUCCUCUCGCUCCGCUCAGCUCCAGCCCGACGGGAUCCCCUGCGCGGACUCGCCGAGAAUCUGAGGCUCCGGGGAGGUCUAUUAAGAACACUAAUCGCCCUCCAGAAGACGGCUGCUGGAAGUAUUGCCUCAAUACAGGCACACAGGAUCAUUCUGAUUUCUGCUAUAAAGUUAAACCAUGAGUUCCACCCUGUCUUGUUUUGUCCCCUUGGGAUUAGCGUUUUUAAUAUGUCAAACACAGGGUUUUUUCCUGCCCAAUGCCACUCAUUUGGAGAAGCUUCUGAGCAAAUACCAGAAUGACCAGCCUCAUUCCAGAGGCAAGAGAGCCAUCCCCAGGGCAGACAGGGAGGAGAUAUUAAUGCUUCACAACAAACUGAGAGGUCAGGUUUACCCAUCAGCCUCAAACAUGGAAUAUAUGACCUGGGAUGAUGAAUUGGAAAGGUCAGCAGCAGCUUGGGCCCAUGAAUGUAUCUGGGAACACGGACCUGCCACCCUCCUUGUGUCCAUUGGCCAGAACUUGGCAGUCCAUUGGGGCAGGUAUCGUUCUCCAGCGUUCCAUGUCCAGUCGUGGUAUGAUGAAGUAAAAGAUUACACAUAUCCUUACCCCCAUGAGUGCAACCCUUGGUGUCCAGAGAGGUGCUCGGGACCUAUGUGUACUCAUUACACUCAGAUAGUUUGGGCGACUACCAACAAGGUUGGCUGUGCUGUGAACACCUGCAGGAAGAUCAAUGUUUGGGGAGACGUGUGGGAGAAUGCAGUCUAUCUCGUCUGCAAUUACUCUCCAAAGGGAAAUUGGAUUGGUGAAGCUCCAUAUAGAAAUGGCCGGCCCUGCUCUGAAUGUCCGCCCAGUUAUGGUGGAGGCUGCAGGAAUAACCUCUGCUACCGAGAUGAGACUUAUGUACAGAAGCCUGAGACCGAUGAGACGAAUGAGGUGGAAAUGUCUCAGAUUCCUGAGGAGAAUCACGUAUGGGUCCAACCGAGGGUAACCAAACCCACCAAACCCAAGAAAACCACUGCAGACAAUUAUAUGACACAAAUCAUCAAGUGUGAGACCAAAAUGAGGGACAAGUGUAAAGGGUCUACAUGCAACAGAUAUCAGUGCCCGGCAGGCUGUUUCAACAACAAGGCGAAAAUUUUUGGAACUCUUUUUUAUGAAAGCUCAUCGAGCAUAUGCCGAGCUGCCAUCCAUUUUGGUAUCAUAGACGAUAAAGGAGGUCUGGUUGACAUCACCAGGAAUGGGAGGGUCCCCUUUUUUGUGCGGUCUGAAAGGAAUGGCAUUGCAUCUUUAAGUAAAUACAAGGCUUCUAACUCAUUCAUGGUUUCCAAAGUAACAGUGCAGGACCUGGAUUGUUACAACACCGUUGCUGAGCUGUGUCAGUUUGAGAAGCCAAUGAAACAUUGCCCAAGAAUUCGCUGUCCAGCUCACUGUAAGAAUGAACCAUCGUACUGGGCUCCAGUGUAUGGGACCAACAUUUAUGCAGAUACUUCAAGUAUCUGCAGGACUGCAGUGCAUGCUGGAGUCAUCAAAGAUGAAACCGGGGGUUACGUGGAUGUGAUGCCCGUAGAUAAAAAGAAGAUUUACGUUGGUUCACUCAGAAAUGGGGUUCAGUCUGAAAGUUUGCGGACCCCUCGAGAUGGAAAGGCUUUCCGGAUCUUUGCAGUGAAGCAGUAAACUUUCAGAGCCAGGGAAGAAGGGACCUUCUUCACGAGAGUGCUACAAUUUUGUUUUUUGUUUGUUUUUUUGUGUUUUGUUUUGUUUUUUAUAAAUUGUGAGCGUUGAAAAAUUUACUUUUAGUGGCCUUUGAUGUGACAUCCAGGCUGAACGAACCCUUCCUUUCCCAUUCAUCACCUCGGGAGAGAGCAGCAUCUCAUCUCCAUUGGGGAGCAGCGUUGUCCAACAAGGCUUUCAGAGACAGGCUAUCGUUGACCUGAGGCAGGUGCUGAGACCCACUGCCCAAAGCCCUGGUACCAUAACACGCAGGGAACAAUGGCUGCCUGAGAUGAACAAAAGAUUUUUUUUAAAAAGCCAUUCUGGUAUGGGUAUGUGUAGAGAGGGAGGGUUUCCAACUCUUCAGAGAAGAAAAGAUUUUGACUCAAAAGUGCUCAGUUAACAGAAUAGAUUGGGGAAAAGGUAUGUUAGGUGAUGGGCGAGUAGAAUUUAGUCAAGAGGGACGGAUGGUAGAAGAUGUAAAAAUAAAUAAAAACCAUCCUUAUUAAUAAAGAAACAUGGGUUUUAAUGUUUGCUGGUCAGACAAUUUAUAGGAAAUGAGAGGACUGGGGGAGGGGCGAAAUAGAAAAUGAGGGAAUAAAUCUCCUGUCCUGGUACAUCUCCAAGUUAAUGGGCCCCAACUGGUCAUUAGUUUUUAAUAACCAAGUGAAAUUUAAUACACACAGCAGUGCUGGUUUUAUCUAAGCAGCAACUCAUAAGAUUAAUGUUUUUGUCAUUCAUUUCAUUCAUUCAUAGCACCUAUUUUUUAUUUCAAUUUCUGGUGUAGUUUGGGGACUCAUGGGCUAGAGUCUUUACUGUUAGCCCAUAUGAUAUGCCAGACUAUAGGUUUUUAUUGUUCGUGUGUCCUUGCUUUAAAGUGAAUUUUUAUUGAAUCCUUGGUUCCAUAGAGUAACUGAAGAACAUGCCCAGUGUUGUGUAUAUAUCAAUGUGUGUUUGUGUGUAUAUAAUAAACACAUACACUUAUUCUAUAUAUACCCACACAUGGCAUCAUUGUUAGGGCAUGAAAAUCCCCUUUUAUGAAUUACUUUCUCAAAGGAUGACCUAUUUUUUUUUUCCUUCUUAAAUAUUUUUGAUUUUGGCUCCCUUCAAGCCUAGCACUCUUCCCCAGUGGACAUUCUUCUCUGUGGUUAGCAAGAUUUGGAGAGGGAUGGCUUUGUGGUUAUGAAGCUGCCCCUAGGUUUAAUGACAACCGUAGAAUGUAACACAUGAGUAUUAUUUCUCUUCCUGUUAUUGUGGAACUGUAGUUUCCCAAUGUUCCAAGGCUCCGAGGAGUCCUGUGUUGUUUGGGUCAUGCUUUUUUUUUUUUUAAACCUCAGUUCCUCAUGAGCUUGUAACAAAGCUGCAUAAUAAAGAUACUUAUGUUAGAAAUUCAUUUUGUAGGAUGGUAAAAGAUUGACUUUUUUUUCCAAAUGUUGGUUUUAAAUUUAAUUUUGUUUUCCAUGGAGUAAGUUCUAAGACAGGGACCUAGCAUCAAGUUAAAAAUCUAAGCUGGUUUGCACAUUAUCAAGAAGUUAAGCAUGGGAGAUCUAUCUACCUUGGGAAUAAGUAAGGCAAAAUUACAUUAUUGCAUGCCAAUCUACUACAGCAUUUGAAGAUAGGUAGACUUUAGCUUUAGAUAGCAAGAAAGCAAUUAAAUUUGUAGCUAGACAGAUGCUAAAAAUUAGUUUGAACAUAUUUUGCUUAAUUAAGUGCCUGCUUGGAGUUAUUCAUAGGCAUCUGCGUGAAAAAUUUCAUUAUUCCAAUAUUCAUGUGUUCAUUUGUCCAUUCAAUGUUUAUUAAGCACUUACUGUAUGCAAGGCGCAGUGCUAGACACUUACGUUUUGUAUGAAGGGUGCCAAAUAUCUGGAUAUUUGGCAGCCUCUGGAUGCCUAGGGUCAAGAUGACAGAAUUGUCCACUUUUUAAUGAGAUAUUUAUGGUUGUGUUACGCAAGUCAACCAGAUUCCUUAGUUUGGUAAAUAACAUGGUAACAGUCCAGUGAAACCUGGGUAUAUUUCACCAGCAAGCAUCUUGCUAUUAAGUAGAUACCAGAAACUCUUUUCAUAUACUUAAGUGUCUUGUAUGCCUCAUUUGAACAUAAGGUAUUGGUGCUCUAUAAAAGCCAUAACUUCAAUCCUUCUAACAGUGUAAAAUCAACUUGACCAGAACCAGAUCUCUGGUUUGAUUGGGUUUUUUUUUUUGUUUUGUUUUGUUUUGCUUUUCAUUCAUCACCUGUGUAUUUUGAAACUGGAAUAAUUUUCAUUUGUAAUCACUGGUCUUUUUAACUGAUAGCAUGUCACAAUUUCCCCAUAAGCCUGUUGGACAAGGGCCAUCUGUAAAUCCAUGUUUUGCACUGGGCCAUGCAUGGUAUUAGAAAUCGACGUCUAAUAAUCUAAGAAACAAAAGUAGGGUCAGGUUAUUUCAUGUCUCCUGUUUCCCAAAUAAAAUGCUUACCAUUUUCUUUGAUUGUCAACUUUCACCGUGUUCUUACAUCUGUAUUAUGUUUAAUAAUAUUAUCUGCAGGUCACCUCUACCUGCAGUUUAUAUAUGUGCUUUUUUCUAUGAAAAAUGAUGUAUUUUUACUAUUUCCUAUGUACAAAAGUUUAUUGUAAAUUUUUUUGUGUGUGCUUUGCAUGAACAAGGGGCCAUACUUUGUUUUUUAAAAAGUCUAGUUUUUUCCUAA